AGCGAUUCUUGUCCUGGGGGUUAUUAGAAGUCUUUGGUUUUUUCUAAAUAUACAUGCCGCGGGUGAGGCUUAUUCCGCGUCAGGAAACACUCUGUUGCUUGACAGCUCUUUAGCGCGCCCCUGUUCCGUCAUAGGUCCGGCGACCCCCAGUACGCCCUCCGCAAGCUUCCCCACGCAUUCUUAUUCUCCGACAGUCGUUCAUAGUCAUGCUUCAAGCAUGUUCAUCAUGCCGCUAAUACCCCUUUAUGCCCUAAACCUUACAUAACCACUCUAUCUUGAUUCCUACUUCCGCGGCAUCGUCGCGCCACGUUGAGGAGCUUCCGAGAGCUCCCGUCGGCAGGAACCAUGGUCGGCCCACGCAAAGGAGCGUUCGCGGAGGAGAGCGCCGAGGUGGAGGUGCUCUUCGCGAAUAUGGAGAAGAUGAAAGGCUUGACCAAGAAAAUCCAGGCCUCGAAGAACCGGCUGGAGACCAGCGGCAAGGUGGUCGAGGAAGCCAUCGGCCCUAUCUACAGCAAUACGCAGAAGCUCCAGAUCGCGAACUCAAACAUCGACAGAGUCAUUGAGGCAAUCGAAAGACUGCGGGCGCCUCUCGACCAGACGAACCGUGAGGAGAGCAUCAUUAAGAGAGGACUCAAGAAGACCGAUCUCCGCGACUACAUAGCUUCCCUCGACCGUACCAACCUAGCCCUCCAAGAUCUCCGACGCACGAACAUUCGCUCGAACCAGCAAGCUGUGCGCGAGCUCAGCGAUUUAGUAAAAUAUGGGACCAAACAACUGGAGGAUGCGUUCCGGGACAUACUCCGGGACAGCUGCAGGCAAACAUUCGACGCGCUGGAAUACGUAGCAAAGAACAACCCGUUCCCUCUCAUUGCCGAAGACAAACUCUCCACAUUGCGACUCAUCAAUACUCAUAUAUCCAAUUCGUUCACACAGAUCUCUCAGACAGAUACCCGUGAAACUCCGACCCAGAGAAUAUACGCCGAAACACGUGGCGAUUACCUCACUAACGCCCUUCGCAAUCUGUCAACAGCGUCGGUUAGCACUGCUAGAAAGCUCACCGCAGACGCUCUUUACAAGCCUGGCCAGAAUGGAAUAAGCACAUAUGCUCAGGGGAUGGAAGGGCUAUUCGUUGCGGAGUACGACAACAUCACUGCAAUCUUUCCACGCGAUGAGUGGACCGCCGUGUGCAACAGCACCUGUGGAGCUCCGCUCGGAGACUUCAACAAGACGCUGCGGGAGCUAAAUGGACACAUUCAAAGGAAUCUGAUGACCGACUGCUUCCUUGGUUACGAGAUCGUCGGUAUCGUGACCAGGCUUUCCAUUCGCCUCGAACAGAAAGUGUCGGCAUUGAAGCGGCCUAUCUACGACAGCGUCAAGCCCAUAAGGGAGACAUCCAAGGCGUCCCUGAGCAAACUGCUCGACGACACCAGGACUCGUGUCCAGACGCUGGUUGCUCUUCCAAUGGAUGGAGCCUCCGUUCCGGUGACUACGACCACUAUGACUCGUCUGCAAGAGAUGACCAACUAUCUGGAGCCCUUAUCUUCAAUCUUGGCAUCGCUUGGUGAUGGCGGCUGGUCGUCAGGCCCGACCAACAGCUCCUCGUCGUCGCUCCCCAUGGAUGUCGGCCCCGAUGCCAUGAAGCUCUUUGAGCACUACGCCUCCGACACGGUCGACACUCUAAUACAGAAUCUUGAGAGCAAGGCAAAGAUGCUGCUAAAGACCAAGAGCCUGCAGGGUGUGUUCAUGAGCAACAACGUCGCGAUUGUCGAGAGGAUGAUUCGGUCCUCGGAACUCGCGCCGCUGAUGGAGACGUACAGCCAGAAGAAGCUCGAACGGUGGAAGAAGACAAGCUCGGCGGCGUACCUGGACGCAUGGCGUGAACCCUCUGGCCAUCUGCUCGACGUCCAGUACACGAAUCGCAAAGAGCGACCUCAUUCGGGCGGCGCUGGAACCACCGACUCGGUUGCGAUCGUCAAGGGCCUGAGCUCCAAGGACAAGGACGCCAUCAAAGAGAAAUUCAAGAGCUUCAACGCGAGCUUCGACGAGCUCGUUGCUCGCCAUAAAACAUUCAAGAUGGAGCGCGAGGUGCGGGCACACCUGGGCAAGGAGGUGCAGACCAUCAUCGAGCCUUUAUACGGCAGAUUCUGGGACCGAUAUCACGAAAUCGAUAAGGGCAAGGGCAAGUACGUAAAGUACAGCAAGGUCGAGUUGGGGCAGGUGCUGGCCGGCCUGUCGUGAUCUGGUACAUAAGGCGUUGGGAACGGCUUCUUGCAGAAUACCCUUGGUUUUAUCCUGCGCGCGGCUUGGAUGGAAUAAUGGGACGGGAUUAUGCGGAGCACGGGACGCUAUUGGAUACGGUUGGCCUCGCUUUCCUGCUGCUGCCCGCUUGGCGUGCGGUUGUGGUGCCACGAUGCAGCCGGCGCGCUGAACUGUAGGAUGUUGUAGCUGUAGAGGAAUGUUUCGGACAGCGUCCACGAGCGCACACAGUACCGCAGUAUGUAGUAGUGAAGGCGCCCGAGCAGGAGGCGCAGGCCAAGCGCCAGCAAGUCGCCGCGCCAGCAUCGG